UAGUGGAUUUAAUCCACUGUUCCCAUUCCUGUUGCCUAAGUUCUUGCUUUCUUUUCCUUGCAUUUGUUAGUGCAGCUUGGAACGUUAUGAGCAGGUCUUGGGUUCUACAUUCAUGGUAUGCUUUACCAACCCUCCUAGCUGCAUGUGCUAGAUUGCAUAGCUGUGGAUCAUUAUAGUAUUUACAUUGGUUUUUAUUGUUAUUUAUAGUGGAGGGUCUUUGUUUCCUAUUCCUGCCCACUUGAUCUGUGAGGACACUCUCAAUAGUGGUAACUAAAUCAUCAUUAAAUUUUUGUGUGCCAAUUGGCUCGUAAUUCUUAUACCAUUGAUCCAAGUGGUUAAUAAAGUUGUCUCUGUGUUCUGGUUUGAGAAUAAGUUUCCUCCUGUAUUUAGCUCCUUGAUUGCUGGAGAUGUGAUCAAGAUUGACAGUUGUUAGUCUUGGGAAGUGAUCAGAUGGAAGAUCAUCAACUAUGACAGAGUCAUGCAUCAUAUAUGAUGUAUUAAAUCCAAGACACAGAUCUAGUAUGCCACCAUAUAUGUGAGUAGGCUCAGUAGUGCCCACAAUUCGAACAUUAUCAUGCUCAUUUAGCAAUUUCACUACUUUAGUUCCAUUGGUGUUUGUUGGAAUAUUAGUGAGUGAAGAGUAAUGAUUUAAAACAGGCUAUAGUACAGUGUUCAUAUCACUUAAGAUUAAUUCUAUAUAUUUAUCCAUCAAUCAACAGAUAUAUGUUUGGACGGAAGAAUGUCACUGCAUGCAGGUUCCUUCUCAUUGUGAGUGGUGUCACUCUCUUGCUAGUAGGUUUGAUAAUUAGGAACAUACAUGAAGAGAGUAGACUACAGCAUCAUGUGAGAGAGAAUAUACUUGCUAGUGAUGUGAUAAGUGAAACUGAAGCAGAGCAACAACUCACCAGACUCUCUUCUCUCUUAACAAAGUUCUCCACUGACAAGCAAACAGCUCUUAUUCAUAAAUUUCAAGCUUCCUUAAACUCCUCGUGGGUUUUAGCACACCAGCCUCCCACACGUAACGGUACACGAGACAUGUUGCCAGGAACUAUGGUGCAUCCUUCAGCCUGGGUCAAGUACAACAUCAAGUGGCGGGGGUUGACCCUGCCGGUGCUGACCUGUGAGCCCCUGGGCCGCUUGGGUAACGUGAUGGGAGAGUACGCCACCUUGUAUGCUCUAGCACACAUUUACAAUGUGUCAGUUGUCAUCCAUCCUAAGAUGAAGAACCAACUUCAAGACCAUUUUCCCUACACCUCCUUGCCUGACCUGCCAGGAAACUACACUCCUAAUAAGUGGCGGCAGUUGAGCAAAAUUGGUAGCUUAUAUAACUAUGCUCUGGUUGAAGUAGCCGCCUCGGGACUCCUAGGUCCUCAUACCUUCAUUAUAAAAGAAUAUCCAUUCGAGAUUCAACUGUUUAAUCAGUUUAAGAAAGAUCUCCAGCGUGAAUUUACCUUCGCUCCAGAAUACACAGCCAGAAAGAUGUUUGAUGCCUCCCUACCACAUGAAGUUUACUACCACCGAGCUAUACAGUAUUAUCAAAACAAGUUCCCGGGGAAGGCAGUGUUUAUUGUAGCUUCUGAUGAUACUGUUUACGCCAAAUCUAAAUUAAAAAACUAUAAAGAUGUUAUUUUUUCCCCAGGUACAUCAGCAAUUGAGGAUCUGGCAAUACUUUCUUCAUGUAACCACAGCAUUGUUACCAUGGGAAGUUAUGGAUUCUGGUCAGCCUACCUCACAGGUGGAGAGGUGGUCUACCCUGAUGUCCUCCUCAAGAAAGAAUACAGGUUUUCCAGACACACUUAUGAGAAGAUUGGGAUGAAAUCCUUCACCCCUCUACAGCCUAACUAAUGCAUGAUGUGUAUGCUACGUCCAUCCCAACUUGCUAACAGUUUAUAGUAGUGUUUCCAGCUCAACUUUGUGCUAUGCAACGAAAUCCUUACCAGCUAAAUACCUGUAAUACAAGCUUGCUGUACCCCUAAAAUUUGCCAAAUAAGUUAACUGUUCGCAAACAACAAAAUUAACAAUAGAUGAAAACUAGGGGUCAAAGAGUUAUGGUUUUUAUAACCGAUGUAAAGUAUUAAAUUUUGUUUUGUUGUGUGGGACCAGCUGACUUCCUUCCUCACAGAAUACAAUAUGCCUCCUUCUGAUACAGAUGCAUGCUGAUAAUGCUGCAGGUACUGCUCUCCAUACUAUAGCAUUUACUCUGUCCUUCUAACUUGUUAGUGUGACACGCAAACGUUAUCAACCAUCCCAGCACACUGAAAAGUUUUGUUAACUGCAUGUCCCUCUACCAUUCAUAUGACCUGCUAUGUUAGAUGUACUCUUGAAUUAAUCAUACUUUGUUCAGUUACAGUCAUGCAUUGCAUGCAGUUAAGUUGAAUGUCAUUCCAAUUCCUUUUUAAGAUGUUAUGGAAAAAGUCUUAAACUAUGUGAUCCUCCUGUAGUUCCUCCACACUGCUAUUGUGUUAAACUCCAUAGUUAAACACUAGAGUGUAACAGACUACAGCAUAUACUGUAUAUUUUAUUUUAUAUUUUAACAGACUACUGUAUUUGUUACAACUUCCUUAUGGCAUUAACCUCCAAUGUGAAUUUUACUCUAAACACAUUGCAACAAAAGAGAAAAUGCCUCAUUUCUAAAGACAGACAUAUAUGGCUGACUCAGUUCAUGAUUCUUGUUCUACACCACAUUAACUUUAAAUCUCAAGAAUGUAUCCCUUUUUCAGCUCGAUCAUUUUCAGGUUAUUAUCAUUAUUAAAUUAAUGGGACAGUGCUGAAACUUUAAGGAGUCAUACAGCACCUGAGGAAUGAGAAGUAAUCAGGUCUGAUUUGAGGAAAGAAAGGGCAACUCCAAAUCUUUGUCUUCCACCUGCAGGGUUUCAAUCUCAGGAUGACACAAUGGAUAUUCAGAAAUUUGCCAUUUAGUCAGUCAUCUGUUGCAGGUGAAGGGCAUGGUAAUUGUGAUGUCGAUUCCAUAUUUGAUAUAGUUUAUAAAAUCGUCUUUCAUUACUUUUUAAUGCUGUCUUGCAUUUAUUUACUUACUGUAGUUUCUGGAGCUAAGUCUAUCCAUACAUUUUUCAGGACCUCCACCAACUCUGAGUUGCUGGAGAUUUAGUGCUUUGCUACCUUGUAUUUCAGUACCUACCAAGCAUUUUCAAUCAAACUUAGACCUGAGCUGUUUGGGUACCCCGUGACCUGAUAGCUUAAGCUCUCGCUUCACAUGACGAGGGUCUGCGUUCGAUUCCCAGCACGGGUAGAAACAUUGGGCGUGUUUCUUUACACUGGUUGUCUAUGUUCACCCAUCAGUAAAAUGGGUACCUGGGUGUUAGUCGACUGGUGUGGGCCGCAUCCUGGGACAAGGACGUAAUUUACCCGAAAUGCUCUUCAUAAGAAGGGGUUUUCUAUAUAGUAUUAUGUCAUUGAUGUCAGCUAGGCCUGUAUACCAUGUACAUGUUUUUUUUUUUUUUUUUCAACAAGUCGGCCGUCUCCCACCAAGGCAGGGUGACCCAAAAAAGAAAGAAAAUCCCCAAAAAGAAAAUACUUUCAUCAUCAUUCAACACUUUCACCACACUCACACAUUAUCACUGUUUUUGCAGAGGUGCUCAGAAUACAACAGUUUAGAAGCAUACACAUAUAAAGAUACACAACAUGUACAUGUACUUGUAGUAAAUAAAGAUAUAUUAGUAUUAUCUGGCUACUCCAAAACAGGGAUUUCAUGCUGUCUCAAGUAAUCCUUGACUUUUUUUUUUUUUAACUAUAGUGGCAAGGGCUAUGUCAUGCGUAAAGGUGCUGUCCCAUAAAUGUGGUGAGUGAGAAAUUUCUCGUCAAGGACUUGUAAAUAUUUCUUCCCAUUCAUCAUCUUACCCAUGGACGGGAAAUAAAGACCACUACUCUUGGUGAUAAAGGGUUUAUUAGCAGCUUUCUGACAUAUCCUCAAAGUUUUUUGCAGUAAUGUUGGAGAAUGAUCAUAGCCACUUCUUCUAAAACAUCAGGAUGCUUGUUCUUUAGUUCCUGAGUAGUAAUUGUAGGCUUCAGCAUAUCUUCCUUCUUCAGAAGCACAUCUUUGCAUGGGGUAGUAUUCCUGGGCUUCCCAGACCCACUCUUCUUAAUUGGAGUAGUGCAAUGAGGCAGGUUGCUUUGCAGCUUAUUUAGGCUCCAGACAGACCGUGGGAUACAUCCCAGCUUCUCAUCAAUAUCCUUUACGGGCUCUUUCUUCCUUAACCCUUUGACUGUUUCAGGCCCCUUUCUGAAACUCUUUCUAUGUCGCUCAAUUUUUAAAAAAAAAAAAUUAUUUUUUCUUAUGAAAUGAUAGAGAAUCUUUUCCCGAUGGUAAUGACACCAAAAGUUCGAAAUUUGGUCGAAAACUCAUAGAAUUAUGCUCCGCGAAGUUAGCAGUCUUGGCGACAUAUGCAUAUUGGCGAUUUCGCCGACUUUGAGCCCUAUUUUCAGCCAAUUCCAUUGUGUCAGUUGACCAAACUCAUAGCCAUUUCUUUAGAACUCCAUUUUAUCUAUCAGCUGAGUACAAGAAACCUCCCAUUUACUAAUUUGGACUACCCAAUAUGGUGGUCAGAAAUUGGCAAUUUGGCCAAUUUCAUGCAAACUAAAAAAGAUGCCAAUUUCAAAAUAGGGUCCAGAAUAAACAAGGUAGACAUUCGUGGCACUAAAAUAACAUAUGCUCUGUUCAUUAGUCACAUAUCUAGGCCCCUCUUAUAUUAUUAUUGCUUUCUAUUUUGAUUUUUUAUUCAUACAAAAAAAUACAAAAUUUACUGUUAUGCAGACUACUGCAUUAUUGUAAAAAUGGUAUAAAUAAUAUCAGUGCACUAGUGAAAGAAUAUUAGA